AUGCAGAUCAAAGUACGAACACUUACCGGCAAGGAGAUUGAGCUCGACAUCGAGGCCGACUACAAGGUUUCGAGGAUAAAGGAGCGUGUUGAAGAGAAGGAGGGUAUUCCACCUGCCCAACAGCGUCUGAUUUAUGGCGGAAAGCAGAUGAGCGACGACAAGACAGCAGCAGACUACCAGCUCGAGGGUGGUGCGACAUUGCACUUGGUGCUUGCACUUCGUGGUGGAUACUAA